UAUUUGCACUUUCUCGAUGACAGUGCGUAUAAAAUAUAUUUCCAAGAAACCAAAAUACAAAAAAGAGCAUUUGUGCAAAAUAUUUUUCGCAUUUCCCCCGGAAAAUUGUGUGGGAAACAGGGGAAAAGUGUCGUGGGUGCAUCGAGCAGUAUUAUGUGCGUGAAAUUGUUGUGUUUUCGUGUGAAAAUAAUGGUGUAGGAGUUUGUUUUUUUGAGAGAGAGAUUUGAUUUUAUGAAAGAAAAAAUGGUGCCCCUACCGCAGCCUUUUGUGGAGUAUGAUUUUUGGUCCCGCACCGGAAAUUCCGCGGAUUCCAUCGAGUUGACGUGCCUCAUGCCCACGGGGAUUCUCAUCCCGCUCAUAACACUGCGGAAUUCCACGCUGCAGGACAUUAAGGAGGAAUUAUGGGAAAAAGCGGAAAAAUAUCCCUUCUUCGGGCACCUGAGGGACAAAUCAAUGUACGUCCUGUACGCCUUGUCGGAAUUCUCAAGACCGGAUGAGCUAACGGAUGAAUCCAAGAGGAUUUGCGAUGUCAAACCGUACUUUUGCAUCCUCAAAAUAUCCGAGAAGCAAAUCUCCACCAAUAACACCCUCAACAAGAACAUCAACUACCUUAUUGGAAGAGUGCCACAUGAGUUCUCCAUGAAGAACCCUGAGCUGAAUGACUUUCGCUACAAAAUGAGCCUACAAUGUGAUCAAAUGUCCCAGAAGAGGCAAAAGAUGACGUGGACGGAUAAGGUGCUGUACCAAUUUCCACCACGACUGGCAUCAACGAGGGAUAUCCCCGAAACUGUGCGGGGGCGCUUCCGGAAUGAUCAUUUUGUGUUGGUGGCAAAAUUUGAGAAUCAGGAAGCGGAGACAUCGUUCACAUUCAGCGUGAGGUACGACAUGACACCACACAAACUCCUCGAUACAAUUCUCACAAAGAAAGCACUAACAACGAACAAGCAGCUAAACAGGGAUCGCGUCAGCGACUACAUUCUCAAAGUCUGCGGGCAGGAUGAAUUUCUCUUUGGGGAAUAUCCACUCGUGCAAUUUCUCUACAUCCAGGAUACUUUAUCGCGCAAUGGUGUCCCAACGGUGGUGACGCAAUCCAUAAAGAAUUUAUCAGUGUUCGAGGAUAUAAUCUACCAAACGCCCGAAUCCCUCGAACGGAUCAAUCACAAAUCUCGUGCAACGCUUCAGCAUCACAAUUCAACGACAACACUGCGAAAAAAGACAAAGUACACCCUCUCGUGGGACAUUCAUGAGCGCUUUCAGUGCAUGAUAAAUCAAAUAAAGGAUCUCAAUUGCGACAAGAGUCGCACAGUGGAGGUUGGCAUACAGGUGGGCCUCUUUCACGGUGGCAAGUCACUGUGCGAACCAAAACAAACCACCGAGAGGAUUCUCAAUAGUGAGGGUUUUGCGGAAUUCGAGGAGACGCUCACAUUUGAUAUUUUCGUGUACAACAUCCCCCGUAUGGCGCGUCUGUGUAUGGUGGUGUAUGAGACGGCAAAGAGUGCCAAGGGUGGGGGUGUACGAUCGCGGAGGAUAAGGGAUAAUAACAGGGAUAUGUACAUCAAUCCACUUGUGUGGGUGAAUACGACAGUAUUUGACUACAAGAAUCAACUGAAAACGGGUGCAGUCACCCUGUACUCGUGGGCAUAUGCCGAAGAUUCCCAAUCGGAUGAUCUUCUGCAUCCCCUUGGGACGGUGGAGCCAAAUCCCAGGAAUGACAAAUGCUCAGCAAUCACAAUGACCUUUGACAACUAUUCAACGGACAAUACGAUAAUGUAUCCGUCAGAGGAUAAAAUUCUCGAGCAUGCGUCACGUUUGGCGAAGCAGGACAAUCUCAAUAGGGACAGUGCACAGGAUACGCGAACAAUACGUGAGAUCCUUUCGCCAUAUUUGAAGAAUGAUCGUCUGCAUGAGAUGCACGAGCAGGAGAGAAAUGCAAUUUGGGCAAAACGCUACGAUUGCCUUCAUGAUGAACCCGAAGGUUUGCCGUGUCUCCUCUUUUGCGUUGAGUGGAAUGACAAGAAUGAGGUGUGCGAGAUUACGAGUCUCCUCAAGAAGUGGAAAGGUGUCUCAGUGGAGCGGGCCCUUGAGUUGCUUGACUAUGCGUAUGCAGAUCAAACGGUACGACGUUUUGCUGUAAAUUGCCUUCGUCGUGUACGCGAUGAGGAGUUGCUGCUCUACCUCCUGCAGCUGGUGCAGGCGAUGAAGCAUGAGUCGUACUUGUAUUCGGAUCUCGUUGAAUUCCUCCUUAUUCGGGCACUGAAUAACCAACGCAUUGGGCAUUUUCUCUUCUGGCACCUACGGUCGGAGAUGCAAGUGCCAUCUGUACAAAUAAGAUUUGGCUUAAUACUAGAGGCUUAUCUCACGGGGAGUCAGGAGCACAUCCCCAUUUUGCUUAAGCAAAUGCAAUGUCUCGAGAAGCUCAAGGAGGGCUCGGAGCUGGCCAAGAGGGGGAAUCGUGAGAAGGGCAGGGCUCUUCUGCAGGAAUUCUUUGGCGACAAUCACGUCUCAAAUACCAUUUCCAACGUCGUCAGUCCCCUAAAUCCCAGCUUUCGGUGUAGAGCACUCAGAACGGACAAAUGCAAAGUGAUGGACUCCAAAAUGCGCCCACUGUGGAUUGUUUUUGAGAAUGCAGACAUCCAUGGAGAUGAUAUUUAUGUGAUUUUCAAGAAUGGCGAUGAUCUACGACAGGAUAUGCUUACGCUUCAGAUGCUUCGAAUAAUGGAUCGAAUAUGGAAGAGUCAUGGCUACGAUUUUCGAAUGAAUCCGUACAGCUGUAUCAGUAUGGAGAGACGUUUGGGGAUGAUUGAGGUGGUACUCAAUGCAGAAACAAUUGCCAAUAUACAAAAGGUCAAGGGGAUGUUCUCAGCGACGUCACCCUUCAAGAAGGGCUCCCUGUUGGCUUGGCUGCGUGAGCACAACACCACAGAUGAAUCUCUUCAGCGAGCAAUAACGGAAUUCACGUACAGCUGUGCCGGAUACUGCGUAGCAACGUACGUACUUGGGGUGGCGGACAGGCAUUCGGACAAUAUCAUGGUUAAGAAGACGGGGCAGCUCUUUCACAUUGAUUUUGGCCAUAUUUUGGGGCAUUUUAAGGAGAAAUUUGGCUUUAGGCGGGAACGUGUGCCCUUUGUGUUGACGCAUGAUUUUGUCUAUGUCAUCAACAAUGGGCGAACGGAUCGGGAAGCGGAUGAAUUUAGAACUUUUCAGAAUCUUUGUGAGACUGCAUUUCUUAUAUUAAGACAACACGGAUGUUUAAUACUCUCAUUAUUUGCAAUGAUGAUCUCAACUGGACUACCAGAAUUGUCUUCAGAGAAGGAUUUAAAUUAUUUAAGAGAAACAUUGGUUCUAGAUUUACCCGAAAAUGAGGCACGUGAGCAUUUUAGAUCAAAAUUUAGUGAAGCUCUUGCAAAUUCAUGGAAAACCUCACUCAACUGGGCAUCCCAUAAUUUCUCCAAAAAUAAUAAGCAGUGACAAUAUUUUACACUUUAAAUCAUCCUCUAAUCCCCGCCGCCCCCAUGGCAGUGUGUCAAGGAGCUGAGAGAGAGAGAAAAAAAAAGUUGUAGUUAAGUUUAUAAUUUUUAGAAAUGAAAAAAAAAGAAGAAUUUUCACAUGGGCAUUGCGAAUGCAAUUUACUAAUUCACAACUAAUUUAAUUUUGUGCGAAUGUGAAUGCAAAAUGAAAGUGAGAGAGAAAGAAAUAAUUAAAAAUAAAAUUAUUUUCCACUGGA